AUGUGCAUGUGUACGACAUUUCAUUAUGAUAUUUUGAUUUUUAAUCAAGUUAUCGCUUGAACGGACAGGAUUUCAACUCGUCUCGUCAUUCUGAUCAAUUUGAUAUAUGUAUACCUAACGCGUUUAGUUGGAGGUGUUACAAAGAACCGUUAUUUGAACAAAACUAUUAUACUCUGUGCAACAUGUUGUAUAACAGUAUAAAAAUCGAAUCGAAAUGUGAUCCAUUGUCGUAACCUAAUAUGUUAAAAGAGUGAAUAUUGUCAAAUUAUUGCUUGAUAUAAAUGGUCGCUUCCAAACGAUUUACCGUAACUUUGUUCUCGAAGUCCAAACAAAUGUUUUGGACGCUUUAGACGAUUUUCAUCGGACAACAAUAAUUUCGAGAAUUGCUAGUUAAACUCAGGUGUAUAAUAAUGUAUCCAAGCUUCAAUGAGUUUUGUUUUUUUACGAUGUUUUCUGGCUGGCAUUUGAGUUGGUACUUACUUAAAUUACAAUAUACUAUAAAAACGCCCCUGACGUUUGCUAAUACUCGUAUAUAAUACCAAUACGAGUAUUCUUAUAGUUGCCAUUGAUGAGCAUACAAUACAUUUUAAGUAUAAUUAUCGAAAAUAAUAGUACAAAAAUACUAUAUAACGGUAAUACACAAAAUUAACAAACGACGUAAACUAUAAAACAAAUGUGUUCAUAUACAUACAUAUUUCACUUUCAGAAUAUUUUUCGCAAUUUCAUUUGUGCUUGUUGUUUUCGGAGCAGUUUUUUUCGUGAAUCAAGUCUAUGAAAAAUGGAAUUAUACACCGGUUAUAGUGAGCAUAAAUCCAAAACCUACUGGAAUCACCAACGAUCCGUUUCCCGCAGUAACAAUUUGUAAUUUAAAUAAGGCUUAUAAAAAGAAGGUUGAAAAGUUCUCUAUCGACUCCCCGGAAUAUGUUAAGAUGCAAUUGAUAUGCAAACAUAAAGUGAACGCAACUCUAGCAGGUUUAAUCACCAAUUGGAACAACUUGAGAAGAUUUAUAACGGAAAUCUCUCAACCAUGCAGUGAAAUGUUGCUGACAUGCUGGUUCGGUGGAGUGAAGUACAAGUGCACAGACCUCUUUCACUCAGUCAUAACUGAUAGCGGUUUAUGCUGUGUUUUCAAUACGGUUCAUGGAAAGUUCUUAAUGAAAAAUCCAAAGCCGUGCCCAGAUUGUGAUGAACCCACACCGAAUGGGACAGUGUUUGUUGACUGGAGCCCCGAAAAAGGUUAUCCUUCAAAAUUACCCAAAAGCUAUAUUCCUAUGCCUGCUGCCGGCAUAGGUGAAACCCUGGGAUUAUCCAUAACUCUGGACGUUGAAGCGGAGUACUAUUAUUGCUCUUCUGAGAACAGCGUCGGCUUCAAAAUGCUGCUGCAUAAUCCACUGGAGGUGCCCAAUAUGCGCGAGAUUGGUUUAUUACUGGCACCCGGUCGAGAAACGAAAGUGCGAAUUAAAGCUGUUAAGACCGAAUCGGAAACGCGUUUGCGUUCGAUGAAAAAUUAUUAUCGCGUGUGUUAUUUCCAGGAUGAAUAUCCUUUGAAGAAUUACAGAGCAUAUACGCAACGCAAUUGUGAGGUGGAAUGCUUAAUGAAUAUGUUACUGACCUAUUGUGGGUGUGUUACUCACUUUUUACCCAUAUUUUAUGGCAACCAGACCAUAUGCAGUAUUUAUGAGUCAUCUUGCGUCAAUCGUGUUCAACAGCAAUCGAUGGUGACUAAGAAUGGUAACGGUUGUCCGGAAAUAUGUUGGCCAAGUUGCUAUGAUCUCACAUAUCUGCCGGACUUUUUCACCACACCAAUAACUCAUUCGGGAUUCCAAAUCUCGAACCAAGUUAUUAAGAACAUGAGUAGUUCUUAUGUGGAAAAAAAUAUCGCCGUAGUAAAUAUAUAUUUCAAGGAGAGCUGGUACCGAAGCAAUAAGCAGAGCGAAUAUAUUGGAAUGACGGAUUUCUUAUCAAGUAUUGGCGGUAUCCUUGGACUGUUCUUCGGUUUCAGUUUCAUAUCAUUGGCUGAGAUCGCAUUCUACCUAGUUUUGAAACCCAUUCGAAUGAUCAUUGCCACAGCUUGGAGGAAACGAAAAAUACUUAGAAAUAAGAAAACUUUACAAAAUUUGAAAUUGUUCAAGAAACUGCCAACGGAUAAUUUGGGUUCAAUUGAACAGGAGGAAGUCUUAUUUGAGAAUUACGAAGCUAAUAUAACUAAAACCUGGAAAACUAUCUUUGUAGUGUCGAAUAAGAAGAUCUCACCAAUUUGGAGACCUGGCAUGGAGUACACUUCUUGA